AUGGCUUCCAUAACUCCUUCAUCAGAUCAACCAAAGAUCAAACUCUACUGGCUCAACCAAUCCCGCUCCCAACGAGUCCUCUGGCUCCUAGAAGAACUCCACAUUCCCUACGAACUCGAGAUACUCCACCGUCAACCCUCCAAACUCGCACCUCCCGAGCUCAAAAAGAUUCACGCGUUAGGGAAAUCUCCCGUUCUUACUAUUCUUUCUCCGGGAGCGACGGAACCGGUGGUAUUGGCCGAGAGUGCCUUUAUUAUGGAAUACCUCCUCGACCAUUUCGCCCACGGAAGCACAAGCACACUCCUCCCCACCCGCUGGAAAGCCGGACUUAAAAAUACCAUCGGCGGUGAAACAGAAGAAUGGCUUCGUUUCCGCUAUUACAUGCAUUAUGCCGAAGGCUCGCUUAUGCCCCUCAUGCUCGUCGCUCUCAUAAUGUCCAUGCUAAAUUCCCCCACCCUUCCCUUCUUCAUCCGCCCCAUCACAUACCUCAUAACCUCCAAAGUCCACUCAUCGUUCCUAACUCCAAACUUCACCACCCAUUUCUCCUUCCUCAAUUCCCAAAUCCAAUCUUCGCCCCAAAACGGCAAAUAUCUCUGUGGUGCACAUCUUACCGGUGCAGAUAUCCUCAUGUCGUUCCCGCUUGUUGCGGCGAAACAGCGUGCUGGGUUGACGAAAGAUGCGUAUCCGGAAUUAUUUGAGUAUGUGGAGAGAUUGGAGGGGGAAGAGGGGUAUAAGAGGGCGGUGGAGAAGAUUGUGGAGAUGGAGGGGGAGUUUAGGGCGCUUUGA